ACACGCCCCCGAUCCGAUCACGUGUUCAGUUUGUCACGUGAUCUUGGAUGUCAAAACAAAAAGAAAGAAACCAUGGAACUCGUUGUUUUAGCCUUGCUAAUGGUUAUUUUGACACCUGCUGUAGUUUUUGCUCAGCCGCCCCAUGACAAGCGAAAUGUUCUCGUGAUAAUAGCUGAUGAUGUCGGGUUCGAAACAUCCGUUUACAACCACACUGCCUGCAAGAUGCCCAAUUUGGCACGGCUGUCACAGCAGAGUGUAACAAUACGCAAUGCUUACACAUCGGUUAGCAGCUGUUCACCGAGUCGGUCUGUGAUCCUGACGGGAAUGCCGCAGCACCAAAAUGGGAUGUACGGACUCCAUCAUCAGGAAAAUCACUUCAUGUCGUUUGAUACAGUCAAGAGUCUACCUCUCCUUUUAAAACCAUAUGGAAUUCAUACAGGAAUGAUUGGAAAGAAGCAUGUUGGACCAAAGUAUGUCUACAAGUUUGACUUUGAACGAGAUAGUGAUACCCUCAACAUGCUUCAGUGUGCAAGGAAUAUCACUCAAAUGAAGCUUUAUGUCAGAGAGUUCUUUGCAGAGCAGAACAAUUCAACCCCAUUUAUGUUGUACAUGGGAUUCAAUGAUGCCCAUCGAUGCGGAACAGACAAAUUUGGCACUUUCUGUGAGAAAUUUGGCAAUGGUGAGGAAGGUAUGGGGAUCAUAGAAGACUGGAAACCAUUCUACUAUGAACCCAAAGAUGUGGAGGUUCCGUACUACUUACCGGAUACCUUGACGACAAGAAUUGACAUCACCAAACAGUACACCUCACUCAGCAGAUUAGAUUCAGGUAUCGGCAUGCUGUUAGCUGAAUUAGAACGAGUGGGUCAUCUCAACGAUACUCUGAUCAUCUACACAGCAGAUAAUGGUAUCCCAUUCCCCAAUGCUAAGACAAAUCUAUUCGAGCCAGGGAUGGGAGAACCGAUGCUUAUCUCAAACCCCUUUGACAAAAACAGAUGGGGACAGGUGAGUGAUUCCAUGACAAGUACAAUGGAUAUAGUACCCACAGUAUUAGACUGGUUUGGUAUACCUAUGCCUGGCACGGAGGAGAAGACCCCCAAGCCAGUCCCAAAGACCACUGAGCCAGUCCCAAAGACUACUGAACCUCCAACUUUAGAGAAGACACAGCCAUCUGGCACCAAACUCACUGGUCACUCCAUGAUACCUAUCACUGCAAGUGAGCCUGUCUCAGGAUGGGACCAUGUGUACGCCAGCCACAACUUCCACGAGGUCACCAUGUACUACCCCAUGCGAGUCCUGCGCAACCGCCGCUACCGCCUCAUCCAUAACCUAAACAACCGAGCCCCGUACCCCUUGGCCACCGACCUCUAUUCCUGUCCAACUUUCCUGGAGAUCCUCAACAACACCAUCAGCGGACAGCCCACCUACUGGUUCAAGACCCUCGAAGAUUACUACUACCGUGACGAGUGGGAACUCUAUGAUCUUCAGGAUGACCCUCAUGAGUUGAAGAACCUUGCCGAUGACCCUGAUCAUCAAGAGAUAAGGCAGAACAUGACCGCUCAGUUACAUUCUUGGAUGAUGGAAACUGAUGAUACCUGGCAUUGUUUUCCACAUGGUGUGCGGUAUGGUCCUAAUCAUGGAUGUGGUCCCAAGUAUGAUGAACCUACUCAACAGGGGAACCCUCAAGUUAAUAUCAUUCAUUGAUUACCAGUGCUUAAUUUAGAUGAAAUAUAUUGAUAUGAAGUAUUGCAGGUACUGAAGUGUAUAUUGAAUGUAUGUAUACUUCCACCUUGCUCUUUUUGGCCAUUUAGAUCUAGCCCUCUCUAAUAACUAGCUUCAUCUCAAGCUAGCCUCCCUGUACUAAAUUCACCUGAAAGCCUCCCUCAAAAUAUACACACAUCUCUAUACAUGGGCUGAAAAUGUUAACUGCAAUAUCAACGCACACACACACAAAAAAAGAAAUAAUAUACAGUCAUCCACAAUGCCAAGGAAGUUUAUACAAGCCUGCCACUUACAAAAUUUGGGGAAGUGGUGUCCAACUCCAUUACACCUAGUCUGCAAGUACAGGCUCAAAUUUGACACUUUAUCCAAAACCAUGUCUAGAAAGAAGACUAGACUCCAAACUCUGUCUGUGUGAAAUAGAGCCAGCCACAGUACACAGUGAAUCUAGUCUUGCUAUUUCAGACUCUGCAUUAUGCACUAAUUCAUCUUGCAAAAACCAAUGGUCUGUACCUGCAGACUACCUAAUGGAUGGACAACAGUUCCUGUGAUGUUGCUGUAUGAGAGGGUUUGAAUUGGACAUACUGUUUGAAAAAAGGAAUUUUCAAGUAUGGUAGGAUACUUGUCUUUCAUCACCCCCCCCCAUCGAUAUUCCUUACUUUUCCUUGAAAUGGAGAAGAGUAUUUGUUUUUCUUUGUAUCUACCUCGGCUUUUUAGUAAAUAAGCACACACACAAAAAUAAAGUAUGGAAAUCUUGGCUGAAUACCUUUGAAGUAUGUAUGGAAGUGUAUCCUAUUAUUGUUGCAUUUAUAAUGAAUUUUAUUUAGUGAUAUUACAACCAGUAUUUUCUUUUAAUUGGACAAAUUACUACUUCUAACAUAAAUACACAAAUGAUAAUGCUGAGAUCAUUUGUCUUUGUUAUGCUAUCAUCUUUAUAUCACAUCCUCUUUUCAUGUAAUAUAUGCAUCAUUCUAAUAGUUUGAAAAGGUACUAUGUGUUAUCUAUGGCAAAAAGUUGGACAAUUAACAAAAUCAAUGAUCAUACUAGGUAGUUGGUACUAGACCUACAUGUAGUACUUUUACUAAUAUUAGGUUAUAUUAACAGAGAUGUUUCAAUUAUGCUCACCCCUUUAUGUCAUCUUUCUUUGAAAUUCCCUUUGGGAGAAUAUUGUGUUUGUUGUUGAAGAUUAUGUAAGUGUGUGAAAUCAUUUUCUGAUGUCGGGUGUAAUAACUGUCUGUAGUCUUGUAGAUUAUUGCAGUGGCAAUGUUACUAGAUUGGGCUGUAUGUUUCCAAAGUACAUUUGCAUUCAUUUUCUUUGAGAUCCAAUGAUAAAUGGAAAAAGGCCUGCCACCUCCUUUGCAUUGAUUCUUAGAAUUGUCUUGCCCCAUUCUCUCUUGCCUGCAUUUCUAAAAUUUUACAGGAUGUGCAAUGAAGGUAAUGUGUGGGAUGCACCAUUAUAUUUUCAAAUUUUACAGGUUGUGGCUGCACAUUCUGCAUCCCCCGACCCCCCCCCCACGAAACUGACUAAAAGUAUGAUGUGAUUUAUUUGACUUUAGAAAUAGAUGGUAAAAGUAUAGGGUCUCGUGGAUGGAUAGGCCAGGAUUUCACUCCAUGAGACAGGGCCCUAGGAUUUAUUUUUUGUCUGGGGUGCUGAAUUAAAUUUGUCAAGCCCAAAAAAGGGUUUAACUCAAUAAAGGAAUGUCAUUUUGGUCCAGAAAAAAAAUUGACAACCAUAAAAAAAAGCUUCACUACAAAAAGGUAAUUUGGGUCCUGAGAAAUUUGACAAGCAAAAAAUAAAGUUUUUGUACAAAAUUUUUGUUGAAUUUUUCCACUUUGCCACACCUUCCGAAAAUCUUAAGGUUUGCUGCUUAUGGAGUAUAAUACAUACAGCACAGUGUUUUCACUAAAUUUUCAAACACUGAACUUGAAAUCACGAUUUUCCCAAUCCCUGGGUGGGGAAAUUGCACAUCGAUCGUCAACACCAGCCGCAGUGCUGGAUUCAGCAGACGACAUUCAACACCAGCCUUCAGCGCGAACUUCCUGAAAUACAUCAUAUUUUCCGAGGUCAAUCCCAAUACCAGCCUGAUUUCAAGUACGGUGUUGUAACUUGUAGCUGGUGUUGGUUUUAUCACAGAUACAACACCAGAUUUCAACACCAUACUUUAAAUCACCCAAUGGAUAUAUUAUUCGCAGUGGUUUCAAAUGUCAUCCAACUGUAGAUUAAAUUUUUGCAAUGUCCUCGGGUACAAAAUGUUCUGUAUCAUAACAUUUUCAUUAUGACUCUACUACAUGUUUCACUGUGAAAUAUUGAGAAAGCUCAUGAAGGCUGAAUAUGCUAAUUAUAUUGUUUUUUUAGAAGUGAGGUUAGAAUGUAUAAUGGGCAUGGAUGAAUUCAUUAGAAUAUGUGACUUGUCAAGUGUUAUUUUAUUUUUUAUCUAUUUGAUUUUUUAUACUGGUGUUUUAUAUUUUGUAUGCAAAUUAACAAGAGGAUAUAUUAAAAGCUAUAUUUUUAGUAUCAUUCUUAAACUAACAAAGUUUUUUUGUCUCUGUGCUUGCAUGUAAUUCAAUUUUGUCGAGUUUUAUCAAUCCUGUUAUUAGAUCUGUAAAUUGAUCAUUUUGAGGAGACAAAGAUGUCAGAUGAAUAGAUUGUAAUGAGAGAAA